AUGGAGCAAUGGCCUUGGCCGUCGGGCGGCGCCUGGCUGCUCGUGGCGGCCCGUGCGCUGCUGCAGCUACUGCGCGCAGACCUGCGUCUGGGCCGCCCGCUGUUGGCGGCGCUGGCGCUGUUGGCUGCCCUCGACUGGCUGUGCCAGCGCCUGCUGCCCCCGCUGGCUGCACUCGCCUUGCUGGCCGCCGCCGGCUGGAUCGCGUUGUCCUGCCUGGCGCGCCCGCCACGCCUGCCCGUGGCCACUCGCACGGUGCUCAUCACCGGCUGUGACUCUGGUUUUGGCAAGGAGGCGGCCAAGAAGCUAGAUGCCAUGGGCUUCACAGUGCUGGCCACUGUGUUGGACUUGGAUAGCCCUGGGGCCCUAGAGCUGCGUGCCUGCUGUUCCCCUCACCUAAAGCUGCUGCAGAUGGACCUGAGCAAACCAGCUGAUAUUAGUCAGGCACUGGAGUUCACCAGGGCUCACACCGCCAGCACAGGCUUGUGGGGCCUGGUCAACAAUGCGGGCUUCAAUGAUGUCGUGGCCGAUGCAGAGCUGUCUCCAGUGGCUACAUUCCGCAACUGCAUGGAGGUGAACUUCUUCGGCACGCUGCAGCUGACCAAGGGCCUCUUGCCACUUUUGCGCCGUUCUGGGGGUCGGAUUGUGACCCUGGGCAGCCCGGCAGGAGACAUGCCAUACCCAUGCUUGGGGGCCUAUGGGACUUCCAAGGCAGCCAUGGUGCUGCUCAUGGACAUAUUCAGCUGUGAACUUCUGCCAUGGGGGGUCAAGGUCAGCGUCAUCCAGCCUGGCUGCUUCAAGACAGAGUCAGUUAAAAAUGUGAACAACUGGGAGCGGCGCAAACAGCUGCUGCUCGCCAACCUGCCGCAAGAGCUGCUGCAGGCCUAUGGCGAAGAUUACAUCGAGCACCUGCACGGGCAGUUCCUGCAUUCGCUGAGCCUGGCAAUGCCCGACCUCAGCCCCGUUGUGGAUGCCAUCGUCGAUGCACUGCUGGCCGCUCACCCACAGCGCCGCUAUUACCCGGGCCGUGGCGUGGGGCUCAUGUACUUCAUCCACUACUACAUGCCCGAAGGCGUACGGCGCCGCUUCCUGCAAGCCUUCUUCAUCAGUCCCUGUCUGCCAAGAGCCCUACGGCCUGGCAAGCCGGGUUCUACCCCCACCCACGAUGAAGCCCAAGAGCCAGACCCAAACCCAGGCCCUUCCCCGCCGGUGGCCCAAUGAGCUGUGUGCACAUACGGCCUAGCU